AUGAACUCCUAUGGCAAAAGGCUAGACUCCGUUCUUAUCUCCAUUUUACUGGCUGUAACUUCACAAUUGGUCACUUUGGCACCAGGUGUCGAGCUACAUGGUUAUGCCAUACGCCAUAACCUACAUUCGGAGGUCAUGGUGUCUUCUGCAUUGAUAGACAUGUACUCAAAAUGUGGUUUCUUGGACUUGGCACUCAAGGUGUUCGAUGAAAUGCCUAAAAGAAACAUAGUUUCAUACAAUUCAGUAAUAAUAAGUUUUAGUUUAUACGGACUUGCAUCCGAGGCUUUUGAAGUGUUUCAUGAGGUUCUUGAACGAGGUCUAAAACCUGAUGAAUCUACUUUCACUGCUCUACUAUCUGAUUGCUCCCAUGGUGGUCCUCUUAAAGAAGGUCGAGACGUUUUCAGAAGAAUGAGGGACGAUUUUAGCAUUGAAGCAAACACUGAACAUUAUGUUCAUUUUGUGAAGCUUCUUGGUAUGGCUGAGGAGUUGGAUGAGGCUUAUGAGGUUGUUAACUCGUUGGGAGAGCAUGUGGAUUCUGGUAUUUGGGGUGCACUUCUUUCUUGCUGUGAUGCACAUAAUGAUUUGAAAAUGGCAGAGAUUGUGAGUUAG